CUCCUCCCCUCCUUUCUUUAUCUUCUCAAUGAGUUGAUGUCAUUGCUUGCUCUGUUUCCAUGGCGGUGAAUGAAAGAGAGGCUUGGUUCACAGGAACAGGCAGUGCUGAAGCCAAGCCUUUUCUCCUCUCUGUCUUUUCAAUGAGUUCACGUAGUAGCGUGGAUAGUGUCCUGAGGGUAACCUGUUUUGCUUGUUCUUGCUGGGAGACAGAACGCAAAUCUAUGUAGAGCUCUGUAACCAAGGAGGAAAUGGCGGCACAGAAAAGUGUAAAGAAAGUUGCCAAAGAUCCCAGAGUACAAGAUGGGCAUCACCAUAUCACAUGGACCCUGGCUGUGUUCACGUGUGUGCUGGGAGUGUACAUUAAAACCGUACACCCGUCUGUCCCUGGCGGAGAUUCAGGGGAACUGAUCACAGCCGCAUAUGAGCUUGGAGUUGCUCAUCCCCCUGGAUAUCCCCUGUUUACUCUGCUCGCUAAGGCAGCAAUGGCUUCGAUACCAAUUGGCUCCAUUGCAUAUCGUGUCAAUUUUCUUUGUGGUCUGUUUGGAGCAGCAGCUGCAUCUCUGUUGUUUAGUGCAACAUUCAGGCUCUCUGGCUCAUAUGCGGCAGGAAUCCUUGCUGCAGGGUUAUAUUCAUUUUCACGUCUAACAUGGCAGUGGUCCAUUGCAGCCGAGGUUUUCAGCCUAAACAAUCUGUUUGUGGCGCUGCUCAUAGCUCUAACAGUGGAGUUUAAGAAGGCGAAGACUGCAAGAGACAGAUCAAAGGUUUCUCUGUAUGGUGCUUUCUGCUGUGGAAUUAGUCUGUGUAAUCAGCACACUAUUGUGCUGUACAUUGUGUGCAUAGUACUAUGGGUUUUCUUUCAGCUGGUCUCUCAUAAGGAAUUGUCCUUGAAACAUUUGCUGAAGUUAGCUGCAUGCUUCGCCGGGGGACUCUUACCGUAUUUGUACCUCAUUGUCUCCUCGUACUUCAAUCAAGCGCAGUGGACCUGGGGAGACCAGACAUCCAUUCAAGGGCUCCUGACUCAUUUACUUCGAGAGGAGUACGGGACAUUCAGUCUGGCGAAGUCGGAAACAGGAUCCAGCAUGAAAGAAAUUCUGAUGUUCCAAAUAAGUCACAUGUUCACAGAGGUCACUCCCCUGGCUCCAGCCUUAGCCAUUCUAGCAUUGAUACUCUGUGUUAUAAAUCGAAGCUCAAACAUGUCAGAGGUUGGUCUCUUUGCCAUGAUGCUGCUCAGCUAUUCCUUGUUUUUCUCUUGGAGGGCAAAUUUGGACAUUGCUAAGCCUCUGUUCUUGGGAGUGGUGGAGAGAUUUUGGAUGCAGAGCAAUAUUGUGGUGUGUGUGUUAGCAGGCCUCGGCCUAGCUUCCUUGGCACGCAGCGUUUCUGCGAAGUUGACCAACAAGCACUGGAUCUUCUACACAGAAUGGAUUUUCACUGUUGUCUUAGUUGCUCGUCAGAUAAGGGUUAACUAUAGCCUUUGCGACCAAAGCAGCAAUUAUGUGGUAGACAUGUUUGGAAGAAACAUUUUGUCCUCCUUCCCAUUAAACGCCAUCAUUUUGCUGAGAGGCGAUUUGCCAGGAAACUCAUUGCGUUAUCUUCAUUACUGUGAAGGACUUCGUCCUGACCUAUCCUUAGUGGAUCAAGAGAUGAUGACAUAUGAAUGGUAUGUACCAAAGACUGCAAAACACUUACCAAAUGUUCAUUUUCCUGGUAAUCGAUGGAACCCAGUAGAAACAAAGCUUCCAGAUGGAACAGCGACUUUCAGCCUCCUCCGUUUUCUCAAAGUAAAUGAACACAGGGAAAUAUUUGUAUGCAUUGGACUGAAUGAAGGUGAUCCAACAUGGAGGAAAAGCUACUCGUUGUGGCCAUGGGGAUCGUGUGAGAAGUUUGUCCCAACAAAUAUACCUUUCGAUGCAGAGGAAUGGACCACACUCACCACCAAUCUGUAUAACUGGACAGAGGAGUAUGAAAAGUUUGAACAGUCGUCCUGGGAAGCAGUGGCCAAUGGCGAGAUGUGGGAAGCAAGAGUUAAAACUGCCUUUUUUAUCUUUGAUCUGGCUGAAUCUGCUCACUUAUCUGCAGUGGUCAAGAAUCAACUCUACUUCUAUUCUUACAAGUUGUACAGAGAAGUUAUUAACAAACAAGAGAAUCACCCCAUCACUUGGCACAAAAACUAUGCCAUUGCUUGUGAACGAAUGCUACGCCAACAAAGACGUGACAUCGACCCGGGAAUGCUUUUGGAUGAUGCCAUCAAACAUUUUUCUGCAUACGCCAGCAAGGCAAAAGAUGAUAAUCAAAGGGAUGCAAUAUUACACGCUGUUCAAUACUUCAAAGAGGAGCGCCUGCGACUUAAACACAGUCUGAAAGGAAACACGUGAUGUACGUUCAGAGUCUUAGAAGAAACCGCUGCAAUAAAGAAGACCUACUGACUUUAGAAUCUUGGGGCAGCCACUUUAGGCUCCUGGGGCAGCCAUUUUGACGCCGCUGAUUUUCCAGUACAAAAUUAUGUAAAAGAAGCACAAUGGGGAGUAUAUUUUGGGUGGUAAAACUACAUAGAAGUCUGGUUUAUCAGUUUAAGAGGACUUCUCCAAAGCAAAGCUGAGUUUUUUUUUUUUUUUCGGCAACUCAAUCAAUAUUUACUAAAGUGUGGCCUGUGAGGUUAUUGGUUUCCAGUGACCUGUCUGAGGCACAGUGAAGGCAGCCAUGUUGUGAGGUGCUAAAAAUGUCUGUGUAAUGUGUGGUAAUAAUGACUUCUUCUGUAUGAAGGUUCACAUCCUCUUCUAACUGCUUACUGUAUUUAUUGGCAUAUAACACUCACUUUUUUACCCUGAAAAUAGAGGAAAAAACUGUGCCUGCGUGUU